AUGGAGCACGUAAGCAAAAGCGUCACCCUCGUCGAGCUGAAACGCUCUCUCGUCCCCCCGAAAUGGGAGGAUACCGUGCGUGUCAUUGGCAUAUCGGAGUGCAAGGAGGCUGGCCUCUCGCUGGCCCAUGCCUUUGCUGCUGAUGAUCUUAGCCAGUAUCUCCUCGACGCCGAUGAUAUGGCAAACUACUCGGCCGAGCAAAAGUGGAAACUGCAUGUAGAUAUCAUGACUUACAUUGCAGCCGCCCAUUGUUACAACGGCAUCGUCACAACCAUCGGUCCAGACCACGAUGCUGUUGCUCUUUGGAUGCCGCCCGGAAAGGAUGCCGACGGUUGGCUAACCCUGCUCCGCAGUGGUUUGUGGCGACUUUAUUACCAGCUCACCGCGGAAGGCAGGCAUCGUUAUUACGACGAGAUGGUGCCCCUGUUGCACCACACUAAGCUCGAGGUUAUGGGCGAGAGGGACAAUGACUGCUACUAUUUGGUCUAUCUAGGGACUAAGCCUAGUGCUCGAGGCAAAGGGUACGCGCGCAAGUUGCUCAACAACAUGAUCGAGAGGGCAGACGCAGAAAACCGCGCCGUCUAUCUCGAGUCCAGCUCCCUCUCGAACAACGUCUACUACCGCAAGUUCGGCUUCGAGUAUAAACGCGAGAUCCGCCUGACCCGCGGAAGCACUCCCGUGAGCCUCUUCAUCAUGGUUCGCGAGCCGAUUCCGCGCAAGGCGGGCGUAUACUCUGCCGUGGUCUCUAGCAACAUCAAGAUGCAAGUCAAUGCCGCGAUGAAGGAGGCGGCACGGCCUUAA